GGCAACGUAUUUGCUUGUGACUGUUUUCGUUCAAGGUUGAGCUGUGCAGAACGCGCCUGCAUCAAUGUAACUACGUGCCACAUUAAGACGCUUUAAUACACAAACUUCCUGGGAAAAUGUUUCAGUCUGAACAAGUGUCGGGAAUUGAAGCUGGCAAGCCUCACUAGUGCUCUUGAAUGCCAAAAGAUAGGCGAUCAUUAAACCGUUAUUCUGCCUCAGAAGUCUCGUGAGGAACCUUUGUGUGCAAAAAAAAAAGUCAUUGCCUGAUAGGGCAGCGAGGCAACAAGUCAGCUUCCUACGAUUUCAGAAGCAGCCAACGUGUAAACUGCAGAUUAAAGAACAUAUAAGCAUUAUUGACUAGAAUGUCUCCUUCAAGGCUCUACACGGCAUCUGUGAUGCCUCCUCUGCCUUUAAGUUCUUUCAAUGUCUCAAGCAACUUCUGCACGGAAGAGAAUAUCUCUGAGUGCAUGCUGUACAUCAAUCAGGAGUUGUCGUCCCUGUGCUUUCCGCCAGUUUUCCGUAACUCAGACGGCAUUCGUGAUCUGGAUGCUGUGGUUGCCCUAAACAACAUAUAUGACUUGCUUCAGCUACACCGUCGAGCUGUCGGAAUGAUGGAGGAGCUGGAGGUGGAGCAGCUCAAGUCCAGCAGUGACCUCCACUACCAGCAUCUCACCAACUCCAGACUAAAGGACCAGCUUGAACUUUCGAAAAAAGAAAACAUGCGUUUGCAUGAGAGAGAGCGUCAGCUGGAAACAAAUGUAAAGACAUUGCAAAACUGCUUAAAAGAUGCAAAAGAAGAGGUGCAAAGGAUGCAGGGUAUCAUUGCAAGUCGUGCCACACAAUACAACCAUGACAUUAAAAGAAGAGAAAGGGAGCACAACAGAGUAAAGGAGCGCCUCAAUCAACUACUCAUUGCCAAAAAGGAAAAUAAACAAGGAAUGGAAGUUUUGAAUUAUGUUGGAAGGCCAGAUGGGAGGAGAUGUCUUUGGAAAACUGGAAAAACUGAAUCCAGACAUGAGGGAGAGAUGUACAAAACUCUUCUCAAUGAAUUUGAUAACCGUCAGAGGGAGCUAAUGAUGGAAAACAUAGAGCUGAAGAAAGUGCUUCAACAAAUGAAACGAGAGAUGGUGGGGGUUUUAAAUUCAAAGAAGACAUGCCAGAAGGAAGAGAAACAAAGCAAUAAUAUGGAUCAGACAAAUUCAGAUGACGAGGAACCUUUGAAAGGACCUCCUGAGAUGUCCUGUGAUCAUGCUCGGGAGAAACUCACCAACAGCAUUCGACAACAGUGGAGGAAACUCAAACAUCAUGUUGAGAGACUGGACAGCCAAGCUGGAGACAGUGAAGAGAUGAUCGCCAGACAACUCCAUGAAGAGGAGAUAGAGAGGCUCAAACAAGAAAUUCAGCAGUGCAAAGAGUUUAUUCAGACUCAACAACAACUUUUACAACAACAGCUCAACACACCCUGUGAUGAAGAGACUGCAGCUGUUCUGAAUGAUUCCUACAUGCUUGAAGAGAAGGAACGCUUGAAAGAAGAGUGGAGAGUGUUUGAAGAACAGAGGAAAAACUUUGAAAUGGAAAGGAGAAAUUUCACAGAGGCUGCCAUCAGAUUGGGCCAUGAGAGGAAGUCUUUUGAGGAUGAUCGUGCAACAUGGCUCAAACAUCAGUUCCUGAACACAACAUUUGCAGACCACAUGAAACCACAAAGUCGUACGACUGAAGAAUUUUCAAAGCAUUCCGGUCAUGAGGAGAAACUCUUUUCAAUUUCUGGUAAAGUCAGUAAAUCUCAUCUUUAGUCUGUUCACCUAUGGAACUGCUUGCAGGUGAAUCUACAUUUUCAUAUCCAACACCAGAGGACAGAUACUCAGACUCAUAUGAAUGAGUUUGAAUGUGAAUAAAGUCUGUCAGAAUUUAAAGAAUUUACAGCAUACGACAUUGAAUAUUAAACAGAAUUGUGUCAAAUUGGGAUAAGAUUGUCAGAGACUUAAGCCUGCUGAAUCUUCAAGCCUCUGAAUUUUUACAUUUUGAAAAAUAAGCAGUGUUUUAAACAAGACCUUGUUGACUGUUUGAAACAUUUUGCAUUUUCAUUUAGAAAUUCCAUAUUGAUUUGUAUUCAUAUUGUGUUUUGCUAUUAAUUAAUUCUAGUUAACUGUAUUAGUUAUAGCUUUUUAUGGUUUCCUUCUAGGUAGUUAGAUAUUCUUAUGCAUCGAUUUAAACAGUGUUGUUACACUUUUUUAUUAUUUAUUUUUUGUUACUGAGUAUGACGUGUAUUCCCUUCAAUCCAAGUGUAAGCAAGAUGUAUUUGACUAAUUUAGAUCAAUUACUUUAUAUGGCCAUUGUAUUUAUUGUGCAUUUGCAUUUGAACCUACGUUUUUUUAUCUUUUAGAAUUUUUGUAGUUAAUCAGUGUACUACCUUUAUUGUUUACAUCACCUCAUUACAUAAAGUGCUUAAAGGAUUAGUUCACUUUCAAAUAAAAAUCAGCCCAAGCUUUACUCACCCUCAAGCCAUCCUAGGUGUAUAUAUUACUUUCUUCUUUCUGAUAAACACUUUUGGAGAUAUUUUAAUAAACAUCCUGACGCAUCCGAGCUUUAUAAUGGCAGUCAACGGGACCCACGGGUUAUGAAGUAAAACAUUUAGCUUCCGCCAGACCGCCGUCCAUAUUCAACUUUUGAAGAAAGUGUAAAACUCUUGCAGUUCAAAAAGCUUACACUACGUCCUAUGCCUUCCCUAUUCAACUUACGGAAAAGGUGUAACUGACGCGACGCCAGUUUAAACUUUAUUCUUAAGUUGUAUACGGAAUGCGAAUCCGUGUGAAGUACGUGUUUAUGAUGGAUGGAUAUGGGGAUGCGUCAGGAUAUUUAUUAAAAUAUCUCCAAGAGUGUUUAUUAGAAAGAAGAAAGUCAUAUACACCUAGGAUGGCUUGAGGGUGAGUAAAGCUUGGGCUAAUUUUUUAUUUAAAGGGAACUAAUCCUUUAAUAUAUCAUACAGUACUAACAUAGGGACUCAUCCUAAAAUUAAUGUAUUUUACAUAUAAAACAUAGGAUACUAAGGAAUAAGCUUCGUUUAUCUAAAAUGGCAAAGUUUAACUGGAAUAAUACUCUAGAGACAUAAUGCUUUAUUUAGUAUUUAUUCAAAUAAAGAAAGUACCUUAUGUAAAAAAAAAAGUGGAAUAAUUACAAUUUCAUACAAAAUUGAGGUCAAUAGCAAUCCUGUUGUCCCAGAAGUAAAAUGCAUCGCAAAACGCAAAAUGUUUAAAUUCGAUAUAUUUUAAAUUUUGAAGCAUUUCACAAGUUCGCCUGCCCAUUCAGUCUGAAUGGUUAAUGGUAAAACAAACUUGGCUUGCUGUCCUCGAAGGAGGAUCGAACCCGAGGCUCGACUUAAGCUCAGAGUUAAACCCCCCUAUAACAGUACUGCAUAGAGGGAGAAUAAGAGGAGAAAUAGAGGAGGAGAUGGGGAGGAGGAGGGAUGCUGGAAGAAUUGUCACUGGGAUGACGCAGUGACUGCUGCUUAUAUACGCUCGUAAUGAUGAUUGACAGGACUGAAUGUUUAGGCUCUUCCCGAACCUACGUUUGGAACUACAUUUAAUGUAACUUGUUCUUUGGGCUGUAAUCUUCCUUUUAAUGAAAUAUAUAUGUAUUUUUUUUUACAUUUAUGUUUUCAUUUUCAAAACAGGAUAAUGUCAUUCCUUUCCUUUGAUGAAGACCAGUAGGUUUUGCAUGUACUUUUUGAGUUUUGAUAUUGGGAUAUGGUCGUUGGGCCACGUUUGGACUCUUUUUGAUUGGCCGUUGGGCUAGUUUUGUUACGCAGACCUGGCAAUCCUGGUGUACUUGUUCACGUGACGACUACUGGGAUAAUGCCGCGAGGGAGAUUUCCGGAUAUUUAGGUGUUCAUUCAAAUCAAAAUUCCCCAAAAUAUGACUUUCCGUGUUAAGGUAAACCUAUGUUACGAAUUCUUGCUCUCUGCGUCAGUGUCUACGAUUUACAGUUUUUUUUAAAUGCUUAUGCCACACACUAAAAGUGGUAAUCUACUUGACGCCCACUCACUGAAACCAUUCAAUCAUGUACCUAAUCUUAAGACCAAGUAUGCAAAACUUCAAGCACAUUGGGCAAAUUCCAAACGGAAGGGACCAUCCCUAUGCCCUACUCCCUUCGAAGGGCAGCCCAUAGGAAAAAUUUAUUGCUCAGUGGUUGCUUUUCUUAAGCUCAUGAGACUUAGUUGUGAUUCUCAUACAACCUUCAUUUUAGUAUCAAUAGAGUUUCAGAUAUUUCUCCUAAAAUUCCUUAGGAGAAAUAAGAGUAGACAGAAAUGAAACAUGAGAAAUAUCUGAGAGAAAAAGAGUCAUAACUGAGAAAGUGGUGGAAGAAACCAUCUCUUUAUUGUCUUGCUGCAGUCACUUCAAGACUCCAUUUUAUUGCUCAGAGGUUGCUCUUUCUAAGCUUGUGAGACUUAGUUGUGAUUCUCACAUAUCUCUUAUUUCAGGAUCAGCAGUGUUUCAGAUGUGUCUCCUAAAAUUCCUUAGGAGAAGUAAGAGUAGACACAACUGAGACAUGAGAAAUAUCUGGGAGAAAAGGGGUUAAAACUGAGAAUGUGGUGGAAGAAACAGAGAACCUCUCUUUAUUGUCUUGCUGCAGUCUCUUUCAAGACUCCAUUAUAGCAAUAUUUUAUUGCUCAGAGCUUGCUCUUUCUAACUUGUGAUUCUCAUAUGUCUCUCAUUGUAGUAUCAACACUGUCUCAGAUGAUCUCCUAAAAUGCCUUAAGAGAAAUAAAAGUAGACACAACUGAGACAAAGAGAAAUGUCCAAAAUGAGAAACAAGAAAUCUCAAGGUUUUUUUUUUUUUUUUUUUUGAUGACAUUGUGGUUUUUUAACCUUUUAAUGGACAGGACAGUAGGAUGAGAUACAGGAAACAAUGGGAGAGGUGAGAAGGGAAGGGAAGCAGGAAAGUACCUUUAGCUGGGAUUCAAACUCAUGCUGUCUGAAGAGCUGCUGUAUCUCAGUAUUGCUGUGCUGUCCACAAGGCUAUGGUUCUGACAGAGCUUUCUCUAAGCUCAGGAUACUAAAGGCUGAUUAUUCUCUUAUAUGUCUCAUUUAGGUAUCAGCUUUGUCUUUUGGUGGCAGCUGCAUAAACUUAGCAUAGUUGCAUAUUAACUUAAGAACUAGUUUGACUAAGUAGCAGUUAGCCAAAGGGCAGUCAGUCUUACUUUUCCGAUUCAAAUUAAACAGAUAUACGUUUUCAUGCAACUGACUUUAAAAAGUUUUUACGAGGCUUGAAGAAGAAAAAAAAAUAAUAAUUAGAUGACUAACUUUUAAGACUACUCUAAGAAGUUUUUGCAACCAGCCACAGAUGUCUUCAAUUUUAUUUUAGGCGAAACAUGUUAAAUUUAAUUUUUUUUACAAAUAUUGUAAAUACUGAAACUAUUAUUUAAAUAGCAUUAUACAUUUCAGAAUAUGAAUAUGAAGGGUUACUCGUUUAAAUUUAUCUUCAAUGCCCAGCAUUGUAUAUGCAGCACAUAUUCCAAACAAGGGAUUAGACAAGUUUAAGAUGUUUAGGCUAAGAUAGAUAAUUUCUUUUUAAGAAAUGUAACACUAGUGUACCAGUGCCUCAUGGUUGUUGCAUAACAUUUUUUUCUUUCUUCAUUUAACAUUGCAAAGUUUGUCUUGUACAACCCAUUUUGCAUGCAUGUAUAUAUAGGUCAUGUUUUCCUCUAUUAAGUCAUUGUGCAACAAAACUCUGUCUACACUAAACUUCAAAUAUGAGAAUGCAUGUAUUGUGCUUGAUUGAAAUGGUGUGGAUGAAUGAGAUAGAAGCUACCCAAAGGGGAGAAAAAAACUUUAACAUCUCAAAUGUUUCUCCUAGACAUAAAUGAGGUUAAAUUAACAUCAAAUGGAGACUUGCUAUGGAGAAAAAUAUGAGCAUAGUGUGUGAUGUUGUUGAGAUCUCUUCUGAAUCUUUAAAGGAGACCAUUGUGAGAGUGUUAGAGUUUUUGUCUCAGGAGACCAGUGUGAGAAGCAGGAGACUCAAGCAAAAGUCUCCAUUUGAUGUUAAAAUAACCUCAUUUAUGUCUAGGAGAAACAUUUGAGAUGUUAAAGAGAUCUCACUUUUGAUUUUUCUUUCCUAUGGGAGAGCCCUUGAAGGGGACUUUGGAGGGAGCAGGGCACUUGCGCGCCAUUAUGUAGCCGUUUGGAAUGCACUUGGCGAAAGGAGCAAUGAAAGACAAUGUAAUUUCUUCAUUAUCUUCACCUGGGAUGUUCCCAUGACAACGCAGCACGGUGUGCAUCAGCUGAUUAGCUGUUCUUACAAUAGAAAUUUCUUAUAAUUGCUGUUAACAUAGCUGUUGCAAAUAAAGAUACGUUUAUAGAUAUUUUAAAAUA